AUGAUUGCCCUCCGCGCCAUCCUACUCCUGGCAGCCCUGCUCUCCGUCCACAUCGCCACCGCUCGAGCCAUCAACCCAACCGAAUCGCAGUCCAACGCCAAGAGAUUCGGCGUAGGCAUUCCUGUAGGCGACGAUGCAGUCGCAGUUGGCCAAACUCCCAAUCAGGGGAGCAGCGAGGUGCACCGUCGUUUUUCCUUUAGCAACGGAGGCGCGCGACUUCCUGGCAAUGUCAAGACAGGUGGUGACCAAAUUGGUAUCGCUGGACGUGGUGAGAAGCCCGCACGACGAUUCUCCCUAGGUGGACUGACGGGUAAGACGCACAUCCCCGUCGAGAUUGGUAUUGCCGAUCGGGACACUGCAGAGCAGCCUGGAGCUGAGCGCCGCGUCUUUGUCAGUGCCUCUCAGGACGACUUCUGGCACGGUGCCGUUGCGGACGGACACUCAGGUUCUGGAAAAGUGCACAAGGAGGGGCUCUUCUCUUUCGCCGGAGUCGGCGCUGGUGUAGGCAUCGCAAGCACUUCAAUCGAGCGUGCUCACCUCGAGGUAGAGGAGGAAGGCAGUGUGGAGCAGGAGAAGCGCUUCUCCUUUUCUGGAGGUGGAUCUAGAGUGGGCAUUGCUGGUGCGGCAGAGGAGAAUGAGAAGCGAUUCUCUUUUGCUGGGAUGGGCGGACGAGUGGGUAUUGCAGGUAUUGCCGAGAAGCGUGCUGCUGCUGCUGCUGCUGCUGCCGAGGAUGCAAGCGCAAAACGUGCUGCUGCACCUCAUCCACUGAACUAG